CCAUCGUCAACUUCGUUGCGACCACCGAAUUCGACACUUCCCGACAACGACACCACGCCCCCUCUGACCUCAAGAUGAAGUUUCUCAAGGUCGGCCGUGUGGCCAUCAUUACUCGAGGCCGAUACGCCGGAAAGAAGGUCGUCAUUAUUCAGCCAGUCGACCAAGGAACCAAGCAACAUCCCUUUUCCUACGCCCUUGUUGCCGGCAUUGAGCGCUACCCUUCAAAAGUCACCCGCCGCAUGGGCAAGAAGCGAGUCGAGAAGCGAUCAAAGGUCAAGCCAUUCAUUAAGAUGAUCAACUACAACCACAUCAUGCCCACCCGAUACACACUCGAACUCGAAGGACUGAAGAGCGUCAUCUCGAACGACACAUUCAAGGAGGUUUCUCAGAGAGAAGAUGCCAAGAAGAACGUGAAGAAGGCUCUGGAGGAGAGAUACCUCAGCGGAAAGAACAGAUGGUUCUUUACUCCUCUCAGAUUUUAAGCGCGUGCAGAAAUUUGGUUGGUUCGGAUGGCAUUUUAUGGCGGGUUCACGACAUAAGGCUCUAGUUCUGCACACCGAAGACGAGGCGAUCAGAUUCCGAGGCUUGAAAGCGAGAUAAAAAAAAUUUCAUGAACAAAAUGGAUCACCUGGCUGCCGUUGCGACUUGCACAGGUUAGCCCUUCUUGAGCAAAAUCGUGGUGUUAAGAAUCUCGCAGCAAGGGAACGCGCCGAGUAAAAGCUGGGUUACCUUUUACGGAAAAGAAGUGGUUGUAAUCUUGUUGUCCAGAAUUACUAGCAUUAUUCUAGAUACAAGUCAUCCUUCAAGCGCUGCAAAUUCCUGAACAACCCGGCCGCACCACCUUCAUUCGACCC